AGGAGUGGGAGAGAGGAGGAGAGAGGGAGAAAGUGAGCUCACGUUCACACAUUGGUGAAGAGGCUGGGCUUGCAAUGCCUUUGAAUAUUUUACUUUUAGGCAGUUCCUCAUCAGUCAGCCACACACAUCCGAGGCGAGCUGAAGCUUAACUACAGCCAUGGACAGCACUGGGAGAUCUGAGGUCUGACUGCACGCAUCAUACCUCCGGGAUAUUUUUUAAAUUACACAUAUAAACACGCCGACAGGCAGCCGAGCUCUCUCUCUCACACACACACACACACACACACACCUCACACACAUCCACACAUCGCAGAGCCGCCAGCACCCGCACGGCCGCCGAGCAAACACCUUGUCUCCUCUCGCAGGAUAUACCCGCUCACACACAUCUCUCUUUAUCUCCUCCUGGCUUCCCGGAGGAUCCUGCCGGCUGUUUUUCAUGGAGAAAGUCCAGGGAGAAAUGGAGAUUGAGAGAUGGGAAAGAAGUGAAGAGAUCUCAGACGCAGAAAAAAAGGUUAUUCAAGAGAUAUGGAGCAGAGUAUAUGCAAACUGCGAGGACGUUGGGGUCUCCAUACUCAUCAGGUUUUUUGUGAACUUCCCCUCGGCCAAGCAGUACUUCAGCCAGUUCAAGCACAUGGAGGACCCCCUGGAGAUGGAGAGGAGCUUGCAGCUGCGUAAGCACGCCCGGCGGGUCAUGGGGGCCAUCAACACUGUGGUGGAGAACCUCAAUGACUCCGAAAAGGUCUCCUCCGUCCUGGCCCUGGUGGGCAAAGCCCAUGCCCUCAAGCACAAAGUGGAGCCCAUCUACUUUAAGAAACUCACUGGUGUCCUGCUGGAGGUCAUUGCUGAGGAAUAUCCCAACGACUUCACCCCAGAGGCUCACGGUGCCUGGACCAAGAUGAAGACCCUCAUCUACACCCACGUGACGGCGGCGUACAAGGAGGAUCCCUCGGGCGCUGGUGGAGGAAGCAGCGCCGAAGGCACCGAGGUGCUCCCGGACACCUGAGCCCCGACAGCCGGCACCAUGCAGGGAGAGGAACCCCCUCUGCUCUCCGCUUGCACUGGCCUGGGGGGACACUCCCAGCCCCCCACUGCCCUCUCCUUGGGGAGCAAACCACCAAAAAGCACAUUCCCAUUGAAUAUUCCCGUAUUCGCACUAAACACCGUGAGAUCACCCGAGGACUUUGCUGCUGGGAGGACUCCCAGCCCAAAAAAGGUGGGACAUCUACUGCUGUUUAUUACAAACCCCUUUUCAUUAAUUGACAAGUAUAUUUGCAUUAAGGGAAGGCUUUAGAAAACUGCCCCGCAGAUGCUGUUUUUUCAAGGCUGAUGUUUCAAACAGCUCCUAAAAUAAAAUAAUCAUCAGGC